AUGGCUGCGUCCGACUGGAAGAAAGCUCUGGGGUUCACCGAUCGAUUAACGGCAAUACAAUCUCUGACUACCGCCUAUCAGCGAGCUUCGUCGUCGGCUGCAUUUGCUGAAGCUCAAUCGCAAGCAAAGAGGUUCGAAAAUGAGGCUUAUGAAAAAGCUACCUCGAAGGAAGAAUAUGACCGAAUGUGCCAGGAUGCUAUCGACGCCGCAGAGGCCAGUGGUUCGGUAGCUCCAUUUAUCAGCAGUCCAAACCAGUUGCAACAUGAGCCCGAAGAGGGCGCCUGGACUGGAGGAGAAGCAAUUGGUCCGUUCAAAGGAUGCCUCCAUGUGUUUGAUGGACUUCAUUCCACUAUCUAUAAGUCCAAGCGUGAGGAUGGAGCUGUGGUUGCGGUGAAAGUUACCAUCCCCCAUCUCUUGACGCCACCACAUGACGCUGAGCGCGAGGUUCGACUUUUGAGAGAAGCUGCAAGCCCUCAUAUUAUAAGUCUGCUGGACUCGCUUAAGGUUGACGGAGGGAGACUCAUCCUGGUCUUCCCCUAUCUAAAAUACGACUUGGAACAUUUGCUCCGCCGUGAUAUGCUCACUGCAACGCAAAUAAAGGCCCAUUUGCACGAUAUGUUCAGCGCGUUGGCACACCUUCAUGAGCUGGGAAUCAUUCAUCGGGAUGUCAAACCCUCCAACAUUCUGUUGGACUCGCCUGACGGGCCGGCUUACCUGGCGGACUUUGGCAUCGCAUGGAAAGAAGGAGACAGGGGUUCCGAGCCGGCUGAUCAGAAAAUUACCGAUGUAGGAACCACAUCUUAUCGAGCGCCUGAGAUCCUGUUUGGGUUCAAGGGAUACGGAACAGCUUUGGAUCUGUGGGCCGCUGGUUGUGUUGUGGCCGAAGCUGUCGCUGUCGGGCACAAGCAGCUGUUUGAUUCCGGGCCCGUGGGGAGUGAUCUGUCGCUCGUUCAGUCGAUUUUCAAGACCCUGGGAACCCCAGAUGAGAGUACCUGGCUUGAGACUGAGAAACUCCCUGACUGGGGUAAGAUCGAGUUUUACCGAUUUCCUGCGAAGCCGUGGGAUGAAAUCCUCAGAGGAGCUUCUUCCAAAGGACGGGAUCUCGUGAGCAGACUGGUACGCUACGAGAGCAGUGAACGGCUGUCUGCUGCAGAGGCCUUGAAUCAUCCAUAUUUUUCAGCAACCUGA